CAUACAUACAUUCAUUCGUUCAUUCAUUCAUAAUUCCAUUCAUUCUUCUUUCUACGGCCUGGUGCUACUUGUUUUGAACGACUUUCAUUUCAGAAACUUAGAUUGUUGAAUUUACACACUCGGCCUCUCAUCACACAAACGCCAUACCAAAAGCGACCAUGAAAACUACAUUUUCAUCUGCGCUCGCGUGCCUCGCGUUUCUUUCGUUCCUCGGCCUCGCGUCGUCGAUAGUUAUUCCCCCCGAGGACAAGAUCAACCUCGAACAUGCUCCUUGCCAGAACAUCAGACUUGAAGGCCAAUACGUCUUACGCAUGGAUAACUGUACCAGCGCCAGAUUCCCCGAGACACAUGUUAAUCUCAGCGUGGACCUCAACGAUUGUCUUGCUAACUAUCGCGGGACACUAAAUAAGGUGGACAAAGACGGCGGGUUCGGCGCGACCUGUCCUAAGUGUACAAUUGGCAAGCGAUACAUGCUUGAAUGUCAGUGCAAUACCGGCAACGGGAACGAAACCAUGACGAGUACAUUUGACAUGAACUACUGGAGAAACAUUAGGAUCAGUUCUGAUUUCGGCUACCACUUUGAAUUGAUAUGCGCGAAUGAUUGGGGUAUCGCUGAGGGUCAGAGUGGCUGGAACAAGAGACGAGGUGUUUAACUCCACAAGCCUGAGAGU